GCGGUGGCAUAAAUAGGGGCUGCUCGGCGGGCACCCGGAGUAGAGUCCUCUGCGCCCUCGUUCGGUGGCUUUGCUGUUUCGCUCCGUGAGCUGCUGCGGGAUGCUGGCAGCCUGACUGUGCCUGUGCCGCCGCCGCAGCUGCCCACGCCGCGCCCGGGACGCGAAUGAAGAAACUGCUCCUCCUGCUCUUCAACUAUCGGGGACUCACGCGAGGCGGGGGACGCAAAGGGAAACGCCGCCGAAAAUGGCCUCGUUCCGUAUCCGCGCCGCGCGGCCCGAGGACUGCGCCGACCUCCUGCGCCUCAUAAAGGAGCUUGCUAAAUAUGAAGAAAUGGAGGAUCAAGUGGUACUGACUGAAAAAGAUCUACUUGAGGACGGCUUUGGAGAACAUCCCUUUUACCACUGCCUUGUUGCAGAAGUGCCAAAAGAACACUGGACAGCUGAAGGAUACAGUGUUGUGGGAUUUGCCAUGUAUUACUUCACGUAUGACCCAUGGAUUGGAAAACUGCUGUAUCUUGAAGACUUCUUUGUAAUGAAUGAGUUCAGAGGUUUGGGCAUUGGUUCAGAAAUUCUAAAGAAUUUAAGUCAGGUGGCUGUCAAAUGUCGUUGCAGCAGUAUGCACUUCUUAGUAGCUGAGUGGAAUGAGCCUUCCAUCAGGUUCUACAAGAGACGGGGAGCUUCUGACCUGUCGUCUGAGGAAGGAUGGAGACUUUUCAAAAUAGACAAGGAGUACUUGAUGAAGAUGGCAGCUGAAGAGUGAGGAGCUGAGCUCUCAGGACAAUAGCAAUUUGCAUCCAAUAAUUCCUUUUUGACUGUCCUUCCUGUUUCCUAUCCAACCUUGUAGUAAUGAAAUAAGUUAAUAUGGACCCUAAUUCAAAAGCUUUAUUACCAGUGGCAUAAAUAUGAUUGUUUGCUGGAGUUUUGGGACUCUAAUCCCACAGGCAGUGACAAGUUACAGAGUCAAGUUACUUGUCUGUCUCCAUCCUCCCAUCAGUACACCUGUGAUCCUGAAAUGUAUAUUGCAUAUAACUUCAUUCUUGUAAGUGUCAUUCAAAUGUGUACAGUGUACACACUGGUAGGGUUUUUUUCUUAAUUAUUUGCAUUCAUAAGCAAAUAAACUGUUUUUCAUGCUAGCAACACAAA